ACCCCAUCCAUACUGACAAUAAAGGCAAUGAGAGGGAGAUUGAAUCCGUUUAGAAAUGUAGAGGGAGCUGCGGGAGUAUUCGGUAUUGGUACCAUGUCAGUGUUCAAAACUCCUGAUCCGCCUAACCCAACCACUCAACCAAAUUCAGUCUUUAUGGCGUCCACGUCAAUGUUAAAAUCUAAACCAUUCCGAAAACAAGGAAUGCAAGGACAAGCUGAAGAUAAGAAGAC